AUGGCCUUCCGUCAAGCUCUUGUCUACCAACGCGCCCUUUUGUCAGCUCGCAACGCCCCAAGACUUUGCGUACCAGCUAGACUUGCCACCACCUUGAAUGACGGGGCCAGCAAAGCUCAUGAUCACUCCACUCACUUCAAGAUUGAGCGCAUGUUUGCCGUAGGAAUGCUUCCACUCCUCCCCGCUGCUUAUUUCGUCCAUGGACCAGUAAUGGACGCUGCUUUAACUAUCGCCCUUACCCUCCAUAUUCACUGGGGAGUCCAAGGAGUAAUUGCCGAUUAUGCUCGCCCAUUUGUAAUUGGAAGCGGUGCUGCUAAGGCCGCUAGAGGUGGUCUGUAUGUGGUCUCUGCUUUACUCCUUGCCGGACUCCUCCAUUUCAACACCAACGAUGUAGGACUCACCAAAGCUUUCGAGAUGGUUUUCGCUCUUUAA